GCCGGGCUGGAGGGAGUGGGGCAGUUUCUGGGAGCGUGGCGGGGAGGAGUCCUGGCCGGCUGAGCGGGGGGAGAGCCGCUUGGCAGUGCCAGAGCCCAGGCCCCAGAGCCCUGCGGGAGAGGAGGCAGUCCGAGGAGGCAGAAAAAGCUUCGGAGAAGCACUUACCCAGACGGUUAUCUCCAGCCUUCCCAUUUGACUAGAAGAUGGGGGGUGGCCCACUGGGGACCGAAACCCAGGACUCUUGAGGCCAGCGGCUGACUGUCCCGAGUGCUCAGCUCUGUCUGGCCUGCGGGGCUGCCGGACGUCAGGCCCCCCCCCACCGAGCCGUGAGGCUGCGAGAUGGCGGACGGUUACACGGAGCUGGAGAAGGCGGUUGUGGUCCUGGUGGAAAACUUCUACAAAUACGUGUCGAAACACAGCCUGGUCAAGAACAAGAUCAGCAAGGGCAGCUUCCGGAAGAUGCUUCAGAAAGAGCUCAACCACAUGCUGACGGACACGGGAAACCGAAAGGCCGCUGACAAGCUCAUCCAGAGCCUGGACGCCAACCACGAUGGACGCAUCAGCUUCGACGAGUACUGGACCUUGAUAGGCGGCAUCACCGGCCCCAUUGCCGGCCUCAUCCGCCAGCAGGACCGGCAGAGCCUCAUCCGCCAGCAGGACCAGCAGAACAGCAGCUAGAGGAUGUCUCCCACCACCCCUCCGUCCGGGGCACGGUCCCUGGUGCCCUUCCCAGGUCCUCGCAGCCUCUUCCACCCACCCAGGCUCCUAUCCUUGCUUCUCCCCCCAGACCUUCUGCUGGCGUCUCAGUCUGGGGGGGACUCCCUCGGG